AUAUUGGCGUUGGGUGGACAAGGAAGUUCACCAACCCCGAAAAAGGAGUACAUCCGCUAUGACGCGCUUGUCGCUUUCAGUAAAUGGCGGAGAAGAGCAGGGUGGACUGUAAACGCUUCCACGGUGAGCUCAGGCGCUGCGCCGGAACGACAGUCACAGCUGAAGAGGAGCAGAAAAAAUAAACGUCAAAAGUAUGGAGAAUGAGGACGGAGAAAAGGAUGCAGAUUCUGAAGUGACAGAGCUGCGUCUGAAGGUCGAUUCGCUGAAACAGGAACUUAAAGAUUGCAGAGCUGAGUUGGUCAAACUGCAGAAGCAGCUGCAGCAGUCUGAGCGACUUCAGAAGAGCACAGAGAGCUACAAUGAAGACCUGCGGAAACAGGUUGAUGAGCUGAGCAAUGAAAUCCAUGAACGCAAAAGGAAAGAAAAAGAAAGAGUCACCACUGAGACUCAGACAGAAGAAUGUGUUUGGACAGAAACGGAUUACUACAAUUAUUACUAUGGAAGUCACUGCGAGAACACAGAGACAGGAGACACUCAGGAACAACAGACAGUGGCAGAAGAAGACGCAGCACAAAUAGCAGUUGAUGGAGUCAACGGCAGCCAGGCUGUGGAGGUGUCAACACAAAAUGACGCAGUAACUGCAGAUGAAGCUGCUCAACCUGACAGCAGUGUCACAGACACAGCAGAGGGUGACGCUGGAACCAUAGCUGAUAUGCUGAGGGCCACAGCCGAGGAGGCAAUGACACAGACUGGCUUUGUUUUUGACGAGACUACAGGGAUGUACUACGAUCACAGCACAGGCUUCUACUACGACUCGGUCAGUCAGUUGUACUAUGAUGCCAACACGGGAAUGUACUACUACUUUGAUGCCGAAAGUGGUCGGUACCAGUUUCAUUCCAGGAUUGAGGUUACUGCAGCACAGAGUAACACAGAGCUUUACCAGGAUAAUUCUGCCACUGAAAAGAAGAGCUGGAAGUUCAAGAAAGGUGUUAAAAAGCCAUCAAAUCAAGAUGAUAAGGAUAUAAAGGAGUUCACGUUAAAACAAGAACAAAGUAAGCGGGCCGAGCUGCAACCAGCUAGUCAUACGUCAGAUUCGCGUAAAACAAAACGAAGAUCUCGCAGCAGGGACAGAUAUCCACGACGCGAGGAGAGUGGCAGGUCUUCAUCCAAGAGGAAGAAGAAGCACAGAGAUGGUUCACAUGACAGUGAGGAGAGAUCAAAAAAGAAGAAGAAAAAAAAAUCAAAAUCAACAAAGAGGAAGAAGAAGAAAAGUCCGUCUUUGAGUGAUGACUCUGAUGGUAACAGUGAACCAGAAGAGGGUGAGAUUACCGAUUCUGACAGAGAGGAGUCCACCGCCUCAACUUCAUCACCUUCUGCCUCCCUAUGCAGGGAAAGUCCAGAAACAGAGCUGGAGACUGAGAUUCAGACAGCUUGGCCGCCCUGUGUAAGAGUGACAGUGGUCCGGUCUCCAGUGCUGCAAGUAGGCACUCUGUUCAUCAUCACAGCUGACUCUCAGGCUACUAUUGGCAGAGAGAAAGAUAUGGAUCAUGCCAUUCGAAUACCAGAGAUGGGAGUCAGCAAGUUCCAUGCAGAGGUUCAUUUUGACCAAGAGCAGCAGAGCUACGUGCUUGUGGACCAGGGCAGUCAGAAUGGAACAGUCAUCAACGGCAAUCGCAUUUUACAGCCUAAAGCGAUAUGUGAGCCUCAUGUACUGAUGCACGGUGAUGAAGUGAAGAUGGGAGAGACUGUGCUGUCUUUCCACAUCCACUCAGGAACUGAUACCUGCGAUGGAUGUGAGCCUGGUCAGGUGAUGGCACACAUCAGCAAGUACAAGCAAGAGGAGCAGAUGGGUCCUGCUCUCACUAAAGAACAUAAAGAAGCACUGAGACAGAAGGAACUGAAGCAGAUAAAGGCCAAAUAUGGUCUGCAGAGUAAUGAGUAUGAGGAAAACAAACCUCUGAAGAAUCCCAAAUACAAAGACCGAGCACAGUCUCGCAGACAGACUGUGGGCAGUGAAGGGGUUUUCCAACGAGAUGAUGCUCCUGCUUCUGUUCACAAGGAGAUCAGCGAAGUCAAUAAAGGACGAAAGAUGCUGGAGAAGAUGGGCUGGAAAAAGGGAGAGGGACUUGGCAAAGAAGGAACUGGAAUGAAAAACCCAAUUGAACUAAAGAUCAGAAAGUCUCAGUCCGGUCUGGGGGCCAGUGCUGCUCUUUCUGUAGAAGCCAUUUCAAUGACCAAAUCUAAGUCUCAGAAGAACUGGGAAAAGGCCAGAGAAAGAUUUGCUGACUCAUGUCAGCCUGACACGUUGGCAAACAGAACUCAGAACAAUUCCUCUAAGACCUGGGUCAAAGCAGAUGAGAUGGAAAACACAAACACAGAGACUGACAACCAAACAUAACUACAGACGUGCUGCAGGUUCUCACUCAGUUAAAUAAAGAUGUACAGCAGUGUAUGAAGUCUGACCUGGUGUUCUCUUACAAUUUUUUUAUGAGAAAACAAAGUGGUCAUUCCCACCUGGUUCGACCUGAAGUAACAUUUUUUACAUCCUCAAAUUUUUGGUGGUUAAGUCGGAUCAUCUGGACAGAUUAGAGAAAUAACACUAUGGUUAAAGGCCAUGUUUGGAGAAGGAAUGGAAAUGCUCACAAUGAAAGAAACACCAUUCCCUGUAUGAAACAUGGAAGUUUUCUUACUGUAACACUGGCCGUCAGACACUAUGGACUGAACUGAGGGCCGGUGUCAGAAGAUCAUCAAAUCAAACUCAGACAUUUAAUGAAGAAAAUGAAAAACUACACCUCACUACUGCAGUUUGUCAUUUUUUCUUCAAUUUCUUCAUGGAUCAGGGAGUUUGUUUCUGGCAUCCAAGUACGUGUUAUGUACGUUGUUUGUAAGGUUCCUAAUUAAAAAUAUUUUGCAGUAA